AUGCAAGAGGAAGCAUACCUUGCCAAGGAAAGGAUGGCCAAGGAGAUAGGACGGCGCAGACGCCUGAAGAAGUUGGAGAAGGAAAUUAAGAUUGCCAGUGCUGUAAAGUGCUUUCUAUCCGAAUCAGAGGAUGAAGCAAAAGACCGUCUCUUCCACCUUCCCAUGUUGCUCAGCAUCCAGCACAGCCACAGCAGCACCCAGAUCAGACAGCUGGUCCAAAGUGAGCUAGGCUCAAUACUCAACUCACCAGCCAUUAAGUCGGGAGAUGCCGAAGCUUUUGACUCCUUCGCCCUCUCAGUCCAGUCUCUGGUUGGUAUGUUACGCACCCUAGAGGGAACCGUCGGAUAUGAGCUCAGGUGUGGCUCCCAUGUCGACCGCCUUUUAAGUAAGAUGUCCCCGGUCCACAGAGAUGGAUUCGUGGCGUCUCGUUCCAAACAAGACCAACAAGCAGUUACUCUUCUGCAGACUACCUCUGAACGUGUAUCUAUCGACGGCAUCCAACGCUAUGCUACUCCACUCUUACGCCGUCAAUCCAGCACUACCCUUCUGGCACCCCCAGACGCUGCGAUGCCCAGCCUACGCAGAAUUGAACGCCGAUUGGCCAAAGAUCCUGCACGAGCAGCCUCCUACCGCAAAGAGAUGGAUAAACUUGUACAGGCUGGCUAUGUCGCUGAGACCCCCUCCGACAUAGUAUCGAAGUCCACAGAGUCGUGCUUCCUGACCCUACCCAGUGCUCCACCUGGAAGCAGCUUCUUCGAGAGGCAGCUACCUCUCUUCACGGGGCGGCUGAUGCAAGCUCCCCUUCAGCAUGCUCAGCAGAUAACUUUCUACAAGCGGAGAAGUUGCUGUUGCAGAAGGCUCAAGAAGACUGUUUUCCCGAAGAAAUAA